AGCCGUGUUAUUUAAUUUAGGCAACAUGUAAAAUUAAAUUCCAAGGUUUCUGUUAGAAAAUGAGUCCUAACAAAGCAAGGAAAAGGUUGGCUUGCAUACGAUGUGUAUUGGAUACUGUAAAAAGAAUUAAAUCAAACAAACCAUUGCCACAAGAACUUUGCUUUGUCCCUGCUACGAUUGAGUAUGUGAUAUCGCCUGAUCUAAACACAGUUAAAUUUCCAUUGCAUUUUAAUGUUUGGACAAGUCCUUCUAAAAAAGACGGGAAGUUAGUUGGACGGAUAACUGUUAGUGAGAGUAAAGUUAAGGAAUUUUCUUUGCUUGCAUAUGGGGAGGAGUUUUCGAACGAUGCAGGAGACUGGAUCCAAAUUGAGAAGGAAAAUUCAAAAUCUAAAAUCGAUUUGCUGUUUGAAGCAGAGGAUGGAAAUUUCUGGAUCUUGCUGCAGGCAAGAGAUGCUAAACCCGAUAGCCCACUCACUCUCACAGCAAAGUAUGACAUUGCGGAGUCGCCUACCAAAUCUUCUGAAUCGAAAGAUGAUAUUUUUGGUGGUUUGCUUAGUGUGAGGCAUAAGAAAGGCGAUAAAUCAAAAAAGAAGAAGACAUGUUACAGAUGGCAAAAUGUGGUUGAGAAUAGCUAUAUGUUGCAUAUCCUCCCUACCUCACUUCCUCCAAAUGCUGAUGAAGCAGCUAUCAGUCGAUUAUCCAAUCCUCCACCCAACUGGUCCCUUGAGGCUGAUGAAGAGCUUGUGCGAUUUUUAGUCGAUCACUGCAAAACAUAUGACCAGCAAGUGGGUGGAGCGAGUAAAUAUGUGGAAUCAGUUACUGUAUCUACGGAACAAGAUUCUGCAUAUAAUCUUCUUGAUGGUGAUUCUGACACUUUCUGGGAAUCUGAUGGAAGCCUGGGGAGACAUUAUAUCCGUCUACAGAUAGCUACUGGUGUUAUCAUUCAGAGACUGGUGAUGGGUGUUGACCAAUCAGAUGAUAACUACAUGCCAAGUAGAGUGCUGGUAUACGGGACAACAACGACUGGUCAGAGCAGGAUGCUAAAUGAAACCCGCAUCGAAAGUACACAAACAGGUGAUGUUGCUAUCUUGGAAAAUGCAGCAGAAUAUUAUCCUACAGUGGAAAUUCGAAUAAAGGAGUGCAAAGACGAUGGCAUUGAUUGUCGAGUGCAUUACAUCAAAAUUGCAUCUUCGAAGCAUAAACAAAACGGAUUGAAUCGAAACUCAUUUGAUAAGGAUCUCGUCAGAUACCCCAAACUGGAGUCUGUUGUGGAUAGAGAGCUUUUAUACCGUCGUGCUCAAGCUUUGACACGCUUUAUGAUCCUCUUCGAUAGCGUCAUAUUAUACUUACUACCCACCUGGGGAUACACAGCCGGUACGUACUCAUGUCUUGAGGCGAUGCGCCAAUUCUUUCCACUCUCUCGUCGAAGACAAGGACUUAUUUUGAAUUGCUUACGAGAGUCGGUGGGAGCUACGUCGCCCAACAUGCCGAAGAUAUAUAUCAAUCGUCAUAUUGCCGCAGAACAUUUGGUCGAUCCAUUGGGGGACCCUGAUGCAAAAAAUUCCAUUUUUAAUCAGUUGUAUGAAGCACUACGGCCUGAGAAAUGUGAUGUAAAACUUGACUACAGAUGGUCAUUAAAAUAUGAUCAGUGGUGGGAAUGUAAAUUCAUUGGCGAGGGUAUUAUUGAUCAAGGGGGAGGAUUCAGAGACAGUAUUGCAGACCUUGCUGAAGAGUUGUGUCCUUCCUCACAAGAUAGCUUGCAACCUUUGCCACUCCCAUUCUUCGUCAGAAGUCCAAAUCAGACGGCAACAUCGAAUGUGUAUCGCGAUUGUUACGUACCAAACGCAAAAUGCAAGCUGUUUGCUAAAUAUGAAUGGAUUGGUCAACUUAUGGGAGCGUGCUUAAGAGGGAAAGAAAACCUUGUCAUUUCGCUUCCUCCCUUCAUAUGGAAAAUAUUAAAUCACGAGCCAGUAUCUUUUGACAAAGAUUAUUUCACAGUAGACGCUGCUGAGGUGCAAUUUCACGAAAUGAUGGAGAAGAUAAAUGAAGAAAAAUUUAAGGAGAUGUACGAAGGUGUUUUGGUGUACACAACAGUUUUAUCUAACGGCACCGAAGUUUGUGUAAAAGAUAAUGCCGGCUAUGUUAAGUAUGAGGACCGCUCAGAUUUUUUAAGACUUGUCAGAGAAAAUCGCAUGGUUGAAUUUCAAGAACAGAUUGUUGCUAUACGCAAUGGUUUGGAAAAAGUUGUACCCAAGGCUGUUUUGACUUUGCUGACAUGGCAAGAGUUGGAGAGAAGAAUUUGUGGUGAUCCUGAGAUUUCUGUGGAAGCAUUAAAAAAGUCAGCUCAUUACGACGAUUUUGAAGAUGAAUCUGACCCCACUAUUAAGUAUAUGUGGCAAGCUUUAGAAAACUUUACCAACGAAGACAGAAGUCGGUUUCUAAGAUUCGUCACUGGUCGACGACGUUUGCCAACGCCGCUUUAUAUAUCGAAAAGCAAAUCAUCCACGCAUGUAAACGCCCUGCCUGAAUCAGCGACAUGUUCACACACGCUCUUCCUUCCUUCGUACACCAGUGCUACACAAGCUGAAGAGAAACUACGAUAUGCAGCUUAUUACUGCGUCUCUAUUGAUACUGAUAUGAGUCCUUGGGAGGAUUAGAAGUGAAGCAGUACAUCCUGAAGAAACAUUAGACCAACUCCUUGCUAAAUUUAUAUCUCACACGUUUUCUGCUGUAUAUUCGAUUUUCUUUCUUCAGUUGUCGGUGUAAAGACGAGUAUAAUGUUCUUUUUAUCGGUGUGUGUCGGCAAAUUUUCGUGUUACUGACAAUAGAAAGGGCGCAGAACCUUGGACAAAUGCCUCAUUUUCUAUUAUGUUAGUGGAAAACCGUAGUACGUUAGGGAGGUGUACCUUUUAAAAUUUCUAAACGGUUGUAGAAAAGUCAGCAAAGAAUAACUAAAUGUACUGAUAUACUUCCCAGGUAAACAGCGUUCUUAAACCAAAAUUUGGAAUAAAGAAUAUUUGGUAACAGUCCCGGAAAAGUUAAACAAGUAUUAAGUGAAUCUCUGUAGGUAAGCCUUUUCAGCAACCUGACCAGUUUCAAAAUUUAUUUCGUAGGUGCUUCUUUUUCUCGUUUUACUUUUAAAUGAUACCUACACAAUUGUCAGUGACUGUGUUCUUUUUUUUGCCGCCACACAAUAGCGUAAAUUUCAUUGGUUGACAAAUAAAAAAAAAAUAAAAACGCCGUGAAGAUAAAAUAGCUAUUAAUUGAUUUCUUUAAAGCUGUGCAUAAAGAAAGAAUGUUUGACCUCAGAAUAAAAAGGAUUUAUUUUGCUUGGUUAUUAACAGGUAUUUUCUUUUUUACGGUUUUGUCAGUUUACAUUAUCGGUGAAAAAUCCGUCGGUUAAAAAAGACAAAUUUUGUGCUAGCCGACAAAUAUUUUCGCCGACGAAAUCAACGAAAUUUAAUAUAGAAUAAUUUUUUUAUAUUCAUGUGGUUACGGUUUAAAAAAAAUGAGAGUAACUUUAUUCAUAAUUCAAAUGUAAAUAACAACAAACCCAA